GAGGAAGAUUGUUUGUACCUAAACGUUUUUACCCGAAAUAUUGAAUCAUGUGAAACUGAUCUAAAACCAAUUGUGGUUUUCUUCCACGGUGGCGCGUUUCUGGAAGGAUCGUCUUCAUUAUACGGUCCUAGGUUCCUAAUGACCGAAGAUAUAGUCCUAGUUACAGUCAAUUAUCGACUUGGAAUAUUCGGAUUUGCCAGUUCAAAGGAUGGUAAAGUAUCAGGAAAUUUUGGUUUGAAAGAUCAGAAUAUGGCUUUGAGAUGGAUACGGAAAAAUAUCAGGAAGUUUUGCGGUGACCCAGAAAACGUUACAAUCAUGGGACAAAGUGCCGGAGCAGCGAGUGUACAUUUCCAUGUACUCUCUCCAAUGUCGCGUGGUCUUUUCAGCAAAGCAAUUUCCAUGAGCGGUUUCAGUGAGAACCUAUGGGUGCGUGGUACGCGAGGAUCAUUCGAAUUCGUAGCAAACAAAAUGGGUUUACUGAAAAACACGACAGAGGAAACGCUGAGUAUUUUAAGGGAAACUUCUAGUAGAAGCAUUUUGCAGAGUUUGUAUACAGAUUCGUUGAACUUGCCCAUACAUGAACCGUACCUAUAUGGGGUUAUUAUCGACGGGGAAUUUGUUGUGGAUGAGCCAAUGGAUCUUAUCAGAUCUGGAAAAUAUAAUAAAGUGCCAUAUUUCUUCGGUUACACAAAUAAAGAAGGUAUAAUAUACCAUGUGUUCAAUAUAUUGGAAACGGGAAAACUUUUGGUGCUCACAGACUUUAAAGAAAUGUUACCGAAAGACUUGGAUAUGGAUAUGAACGAAUUUGAAGAUGCAAUUAAAAGCUUUUAUUUCAAUAGUGAAGAUCCUAGCGAAAAAAAUUGCGAAAAUUUUGUUGAUUUGGCGUCGGAUCUUUGGUUCCGGAUUGGUUACGAGGACGUGAUCAAAGCGCAUGCAAAGAACGGAGAUAUGUUAUAUUAUUACAGAUUCAGUGCUGAUUCCAAAAUGAACACUUUCAAAAGAUUAUCAAACAUUACAGCUGCUUUUACAGGUGCUUCACAUGAGGAUGACGUUAGAUACCUUUUCAACAGCGAUUUAACGCCAAAUAUAGAAGCAGGAAGUCGUGAGGAUGUUCUAAUCGACAAAGUAAUUGAGUUCUUUGUAAAUUUUAUCAAGUUUGGUAAACCUUCGGAUCAUUGGCCUCGUGUUACCAACGAUCAAAUGUUUUUCUGCGACAUUGGAGACAAUUUAAUAUGUGGAAAAAAUCCGGACAGGGAUCGUCUUGAUUUUUGGAACAAUCUCUACAAGAAACAAGGAUUAAAAAAAGCCCUUUAA